GCUGCCAGGGGGCGGAGGUACCCAAGAGCAAUAGAUAUUUAAGAUGCUGUGUGUGCGAGGGAGAGGCACACACAUUUCUAGAGAGCAGAGACUUUGAUUCUAACUAUUCACCUUUGAGAGACUCAGUUUAUUGAGAAAGAAGAGGGGAACAAGAGAUUUGGCUUUACACAAAGCAAUUGCACCAGUGCAAUUCAACUAAAAAACUCCUUCUCCUGGGAGAGAAGGUAAGAAUUUCUCAAGCAGCCACCAGGAGUGAGUGGGGGAAAGAAAGAAAAAACCUUGAACACAAGAUGCAGACCACGCUCAGCACUCAACUGGCUUGGUUAUGCGCAAUAACCAUCUCCUUGGCCAUCUACCCAGCGUGGAUGCAGAAACCACCAAAGAGAAAGGCGAUCAACAAGAAUCCCAAAGCCCUGGGCUGCUGCGAGGGGCUGAAGAUUCAUGUGGCCAACCUAUCCGCCUUGAUACAGGAGGUGAGCAAGAAGCAGGAUGAUGAACUGGGGAAUGCCAUCAUGCAGAUGAUGGAGCUAGAAAGACGCUUCAAAGAGUUGGACCUGCACCUCAACAAUGUGGAAGGGAAGUACUCAGAGAUGAACAACCAGCUAGGCAUUGUGCGGCUCCAGGCAGCUCAAACCGUCACACAAACAUCCACAGAUGCUGUGUAUGACUGUUCAUCACUCUAUCAGAGGAAUUACAGAACCUCAGGGGUCUACAGACUCCUUCCUGAUGAAUUCCUGGGAACGCCAGAACUGCAAGUAUACUGUGACAUGGAGACUGAUGGCGGGGGCUGGACUGUCAUCCAGAGGCGCAAAGUUGGCCUGAUCUCCUUCAGCCGGGAUUGGAAACAGUACAAGCAAGGGUUUGGCAGCAUCGAGGGAGACUUCUGGCUGGGAAAUGAGCACAUCCAUCAGCUCUCUAGGCGCCCAACAACACUGCGUGUGGAGCUUGAGGACUGGAAUGGCAACAUCCGUUAUGCUCAAUACAACCACUUCACUCUGAGCAAUGAGCAGAACAGCUACCGCCUCUUCCUGUCCAACUAUAGUGGCAACAUUCCACACGACUCCAUGAGGUACCACAACAACACAGCCUUCAGCACCAAGGACAAGGAUAAUGACAAGUGUGUGGAUCACUGCGCACUACUACGCAAAGGAGGCUACUGGUACAGUUGCUGCACAGACUCCAAUCUGAAUGGGGUUUAUUACCGCAACGGUGACCACAACAAGAGCACAGAUGGGAUCACUUGGUACGGUUGGCAUGGCAAAACCUACUCCCUGAAGAGGGUCGAGAUGAAGAUUCGACCGUCAGACUUCAAAGCCCAGGGGGCCACCCACAAAGUUGAGUAAGGCAGCAGACACAAAACUUUGUGGGGGACAGGGAGAAAAAACACAAACACUAAACAAAAAAAAACAACACGAUAACCACUGAUCUGAAACACAGAAGAACUCAUAUUGAACUAUACAAGGAAUAAUAAUAUGCACGCAUUGCAACACAUCACAUUUGAGAGAAGGCCAAGGAGAAGUUCCCUGCUUAACUUCGUUGCCAGAGUGGAUUCAUAUUAAUAUAUCUAUUUUUAUUCACUUUAUUAUUAUUAUUACAAGAGGGAUUUAGAUUAAUUUAGUCGCUAUCUUGUCAGUAGAAGACACCAGUUUGUUGACUGGCCAAAACUUGGGACCAUUGCGCCAAGAGCAUCCUGUUGUUUUAGAUGGCUUCUGCCUAGGUGAUGUUCCAGGUGGACUGUAAAUCAGAAGAGCAAAAUCUGUACAAAGUUCCCAUGUCUC